CCCAGGAAGCCCCGCGACGCCCUCGGAGCCUUGUCCGAAGCGGGGCGAGAAGCGACCUCCGUGUCUCUGCCGCCGAGUUCAUGGUAAUCCUCUCACGGAGCGGAUCUCAACGGGAUUUGGAGGCUAGGACCCCCACCAGGCCCCACCAGAGGGAUUGUGGGAGUUGUAGUUCGGAACGCCUGGGGUUCUGCCAAGGAAGUGGGCUGGGGAGGAUGCAGAAGGCUGGGAUCCUCGCCAUCCGGUUUCACUUGUUCUCAUGCUGUAGGAGAUGUCGCCCAAGCAAAUUGAAUCUGCAGAGCUUCAAGGAAGAUCGGGUUCUGCUCCAUUCCUUCCAGAGACCAACAGUUUCAUUUCGAUACCCGAAUGUUUCAUCUCAUUCCCAGAAAGAGACCUCUCUCUCCAAACGUUCGGAUCAGUUUCGGCUGAUUUACAGGUUCCCUGGGAUCCGUUUUUGCCGGGUUCUGUCAAGGCUGAAACUGCUGCAGACAUCGCUCACGGUCCUGCUUCUCCCUCCAAUAUGGGUCCUUUACUGGCAGAACCAAGUCCCACAGAGCCAGUGCCUCUACUGCACUGGCAUUGCUUGCUUUGCCGCUGCCAUGCUUUACGGCAUGAGCUUCUACCUCCGGCGGAUUAUCGGCAUGAUGUACCUCAAUGGGGAUGACACGCUGCUAAAGGUCUCGCACUUGACCUUCUGGGGCAAGAGGAAGGACAUCUACUGCCCAGUGGAAACGGUGACUACUUUGGGGGACAUCGGUGAAAACCGGAACGACCUGCUACUGAAAUUCCAGCAGUACAACCAAGAUCAGUUUCUGUAUUUUUCCCUUCGCUUCGGGAAUAUUGUGGACCGAGAAGGGUUUGCAAAAGUGUUUGGAGAACUUGGGUGAUUUUUUAAAAUAAGACAUUUGCUAUAGGACUUUUAAAAAAUUCUAAUUCAAUAAUGGUUUGAUCCCAUCAUUGCUGACAAAAUGUAAUAAAUAGGCCCAAAUUUCUUUCUGGAAAUUGAGCCACGUGUCGAAAGAGUGCUGAAAAAAUUAUGUACCUCUUUAAGUCCUAGCCCAUCACUCAAACCACUACACCACACUGAUUCCUAUUAACAUAAUGAAAAGAACUGGAGAUGUUCCAUUAUAAAUAUUUUAUUUUUAAGAAUACUGAUUAACACAGGAAAUGCAUUUCAUGGCUACUGGUUAACGUCUAGAAGUGCGGUUAGGUACUGGUUUACGCAUGGUUUUGGCACAGUUGACAGAGAGGCUGUAAACAAGUUAUUACUUCUUGAAAUAGGUCAGCGUACACUGUAGAUUAAGAGCAUCUACUUUGGUCUGACUGUUGUUAGGUGUGCAUACAUGUUCACAGUUAAAAGGGGGCUCCAUAGAAAUCAUUUCUGAAACCCCGAGAUGCGCUGAAGAAGAGUUUAUAAUCAGCAAAACAAGAACAUGGUCCAGAAUAACAGGUUGUGGGAAUAGGACAAAAAUACAAGACUUGCAAGAGAUGCUACACUGAUAUGUUGAACUAAGUCCCUACUCUCUGCCCAUCAGCAAUAAAUUCUGGAUUCUUUUUCAAAAGGUAUUUGGCUACUGAAGAAGUCAGAGGCAAACCUUCAACGCAAAGGAGAUUGUUGUGUAUUGAAUCAUUUCCAAUUUGUUAUGGCGACCCUACUGUAAAGUUUUCUUAGCAUUGUUUGUCGUUUUUCUGAGGCUGAGAGACCCACAGUCAACUACACAUACAUGCACACCUUGCUCAAUUUGCAUGAGAGACUUUUGGACAUUCUGGAUUGUAGCAAAUUAGGUAUAGAAUGGAAGGAAAAGAAUAAGGAAUGCUUCGUUUGUCGAGUUAAUGAACUGAAGUACUUCCUUCUGUAUGUCUGGUUCUGUUGCAAAGCCUGGCAAAAUGUACUUAUUGGACCAUGACUCCCAUAAUGUGCCGUCCAGCAUGGAUAUCUAUAAUGGUUGCAGUCCAAAAGUAGAUUUUUCCAAGCUGUUAUCUAAAGACUCAUUCUGGAGACCAGGAAAAAUCUCUGCUCAGUCAUGAAAUCCCAAUGGGCUGCCUUGGACAGGUCACUCUCUCUCAGCCCCAGAAAACCCUACGACAGGGUUGCCAUGAGCCAGAAAUGACUUGAAAGAACACAACAGUGACAAAUGUGAGGCUCUUUUCAUAUCUAUGUCCCUAAAAGAUAACGACAGGGGUUUUUGAGGUCUCAUCUACUUUCCACUUCAGCGUGCAAGGAGUUGGGUGGGGAAUAAAAGGCACAAUAUAGAAGAGAACAAAAAUGCUACUUUUGGUCCUGUCUAGUUUGCAAGCUGCAAGCUUUGUCUCUGCUAGGAAAGCAAUUUAACUGGGGGACAGAACUAAAGUGAGGUUUAUAUAGAAGAUCCCUUGAAACAGGUUUCUCUUCCCCAAAUUCACAAAUACCUUCUGCUUAGCAGAUGCAACCUGUUUGGGGAGAAAAACGUCAACAAACCACAAAGUCUGCUGCUGCUUUGGAAAUAAUCAGGGUUUAGACUUUUGCUUUGGCACAAAAUGAGAGUUGGGCCAGGUCUACAGAAGCAGCAAUAGCAGGCACAAGAAUAUAAUAAUCUAGACAUUAGAAAAGUUCUCUCUGGCUGGGAGUUUCUAGGAACCAUUGUCCAAAACACUUUGCCGAACUUUUUAUUUUUGUUGGCAUUUUACUAAAUAGUAUCUUUCAGCCUGGAAGGUGGAACUUCCAUGGCAGAUUCACCAAUUGUGCAAGCCUAAUUUUUUCAGUUCCCCAAACAACUGGCUUGAAAAAUAGUUUUGUGAUGCUCAUAAAUAACUAAAGGAGUUGACUGUUCCAGCCCUCAGGAUAAGCUACAGCCAAGGCUGCCCGUAGUGCAUUGAAGAACAUGUAAAUCUCCCAUUUCUGUCCCCUUUUCUUGAUUCUAGACGUUUUGAACUACAACUCCCUUCUGCCUUGGGUUGGUUCAGCUAUUAGGUGGGCGCAUGAAACCCUUGUGAUGAUGAAAAUGUGACCGAAUCCCUCUCCUUCCCUGAGCCCUACAAUUUCUAAGCUUGGGUAUAGGAAUAUGCUCAGCCUAUACAGAGCCUCCCUCACAGUGGCUCCACAAACUUAAAAAAAUAAAUUUAAUGUUUCUGAUGCAGAUACAUCAACAAGAGAACUCAAGGAGAAACAGUUGCUUAAAUGCAAAAUUACAGACGGUGUAGGCUGUGUAUAUAUGUACACAAAUGUAGGAAAAAAACUGAUCCAUGUGCAUUGGAGACGACACAAGGAUCCCUGGUCAGUGGCAGUUUGUGCACAAUUUCCGAAGCGUCGCCACAAUUUUAAAGACUAGAAACUUGACACGGAAAGGUUUUGGGGGCAUUCGAGAUUGGAGUUAAAACACUCGAAUCAAAAUAUGGCAUGCAUCGGCUUGGAGAAGAUGAACAGCCACAGAAUUCGCCCCUAGAGUUUCCAAAUCGGGAAUUCGGAAUCCUCGCAAGAGGUUCCGAAAGCAUCCCGAAAUUUCGGCAGAAGACUUGGUGGUAAGCAUGGGAAAACAACAUUUUAAAAAGCCUUCGUGGAUUCAGUUUUUUCUUCUAUUAGUGAAUAUAUAUAUAUAUAUAUAAUAUAUAUUUAUGAUUUUAAAUAAACUAUUCUCAGACUCAUA